AUGCGAGGUGGACAUAGAGGUGGUCGUGGUCAAAGCCGUGGAAAUAGAGGUUUCAGAGGUUCGAGAGGUAACUACUCACGUGGUGACAGGCAAAAUAAUUCGGGGUAUAAUAAUUUCAACAAGCCAUGGCAUUCACAAACCAAACGUGAUAUUCCAACUAAACGAUUAUCUGAAGAGGAUAUUGGAGUUACAGAGUAUCUCAGUGAGCAUCAAGGAUUUAAUGGGAUUAUUAAGUCCAGAUUUUCAGAUUUUCAAGUGUCGGAAAUAAAUGAGGCCGGUGAAGUUGCUCAGCUUACCGAUGAGUCUCCUCCGGACGCACCAUCUGAGGAACUGGAGGAAGAUGAUGAAGAACUGCUUCUCAAUAAAUACAAUCUGGAAAUUCUACCUAUGGAAACAUGGGAUAAAAUAAACAAAUUGGCUGUUUCCGCUGAACAAACUUCGGAAAAAAUUGAGGUUGAUGUAUCAGGAAUGUCCAAAGAAGACAGGACGAAAAUCCACGAGGCUGUGAAAAAAGCGUUUGGUGAAAGCAUCAUUGGUAGCACAGUGACAGUAGAUGACAAGAAGUUUGUUACAUUCACCAAGUAUCGCAAGGGAGUCAGAUUUGACAAUCGUGUGAAGUGGGUAUGGGGCGGUGAGUAUGUACAUUUUGUGGUCUACAAAGAGAACUGUGAUACGAUGGAAGCUGCUUCAGUAUUGGCACAGAGGUUGCAUAUAAGCCCAUCAAUGCUUGGUUAUGCUGGAACUAAGGAUAGAAGAGCCAAGACCAGCCAGUGGUUCAGCAUCCGUCGGUUCGAACCUCGUCGUAUAGCGUCAGCGGCCAAACAGAGCCGGAUGCCUAGAGUGAGGGUUGGCAACUUCUGCUUCAAGGAUUACCAUCUCAAGCUGGGCAUGCUGAAAGGAAACAAAUUUCGUAUAUGUCUGCGCAACGUGACGGCGUCUGACGAAUGUGUUAACGUGGCGUGCAAAUUGUUGAACGAGAAUGGAUUCAUUAAUUACUACGGACUACAGAGAUUCGGUUCACGAGCUGAUGUACCUACACAUGACAUCGGUUUGAAAUUGUUACAGGGGAAUUUUAAGAAGGCUAUAGACAGUAUAUUGACUCAACGGUCUGAUGGACCUCUCAGUGCGGCGUUACAGCAGUACUCGGCGGGAGACGUGCGGGGGGCGGGUAGGGCGGUGCCCCCGCGUGAUGUCACACCGGAAGCCAGAUUACUGAGAGCCCUCGCGGCUAGACCCAACGACCUAUUGGGGGCUCUGCAACAGGUGUCCCGUAACUGUCGUCUUCUAUACAUACAUUCGUAUCAGUCAUUAAUAUGGAACAGAGCGGCCACACAUCGACUGAAACAAUCUAGGAUGCCUUUAGUGGGAGAUCUAGUGCCUUUAGAGCCGGUAGCUCAAGUUAUUGAAGACGAAUUGGAUGAAGAAUCUGACAAUGAGGACAGUGAAAAUGUUACACAGGAUCAGAACAACUCAAACACAGAUAAUAUUGAAAAAAUAGAAGAAACGACUAGUAAUGGCACAGAUAAUAACACUAAUAGUAAUACAGAUAAAAAAAAGAAGGGCAACACUCCCAAAAAAGUGAUACCAGUUAAAGUAUUAACUAAGGAAGAUAUUGAUAGUGGAAAAUAUAGUAUAUUUGAUAUAGUGUUGCCAUUACCCGGGAAUAGUAUAGAGUACCCUCCUAACAUGAGGGAGUUUUAUGAAGAGUGUUUGACUAAGGAUGAACUGACUAUGGAUAUGAAACAUAAGUAUAAGUCGUACAACCUCAGCGGUGGUUACCGUCACGUCGUGUGUCGCGUGUCUGACAUGACCUGGAAAUGUGUGACCUACGACCGACACACGGAUGACCUCGUGCUGUCUGACGCUGACCUUAUUGAUGGGGUCACCAUCACACAUAAAGAGGAUGGUAAAUACAAGGCGUUGUUGCUCACAAUGACUUUACCAACAAGUUGUUACGCGACUAUGGCGCUGCGGGAACUGUUACGUGUUGGCACUUCAAGUGACGUGCAAGCAUUACAGAACGACUACCACGUGGAUAAAGACGCCGUUAAAAGAAAAAUGGCCGACGACGAAACAGACGCUAAGAAAACUAAAGUUGAUUAA